AUGGAGCUAUCAGUUGUGUUAGAGAGCCAAUAUGAUUUCUCUUUUAUUGGUAAAUACGGCUCGCGUUGUGUGCGCGCGCCGGGGACGGGAGGAAUUAUCCCGUGUCGCCCUCACGGCUGUCCUCUCGCCCUCGCCGCCGCGGGGCCGGUCGCCGGAGAGGGCCGCUGCUGGCGAGCCAAGUCCCAUACUACAACAACUAUGGAAAAGGACAAACUGGCAGCUCCCCCGGGCUCUGGGGCACUCCGAUUCGCCUUCCCUUUUGUGAGCGGAGUCAUCAACAACACGGGGCACAGUGUGGUGUUCACCCUGGGAGUCACAGGUCACCAUCACCCUAGUAUCAACGUGACGGGGGGUCCUCUGUCCUACCGGUACCAGGUCAGCCACGUGCAGGUCCACUUCGGAGCCGGAGAUCACAUCGGAUCCGAACACACCGUCAACGGCACCGCUUUCCCCGCAGAGCUUCAAGUCUACGGAUUCAACUCACAGUUAUUCAGUAACUUCUCAGAAGCUGUCAACCGUGCUCAUGGCGUGGUGGCUAUUUCUGUCCUUCUUCAGUUGGGAACCCAGGGGCACCCGGGGCUGCGGCCGCUGACGGAUGCGGUGCAGCGGGUGCGGUGGGCCGGGACCUCCUCGCUGGUGGAGCGCGUGAGCGUGCGCGCGCUCCUGCCCGACAGCCACCACUACAUCACCUACGACGGGUCCCUCACGCAGCCCCCCUGCCACGAGACCGUCACCUGGGUCCUCGUCAACCGCCCUGUCUACAUCACCAAGCAGCAGCUCCACGGCCUGCGUCAGAUACACCAGGGCAGCAAGGACGUACCAAAGGGCAAAAUGCUGAAUAACUACCGACCAACUCAGCAGCUGUAUCAUCGGCCGCUGCGAACGAACAUUGACUUCACCAACAGCAGGCAGCUGCACUGUCCCUCCAUGGCCCCGCAGAUGUAUUAUACAGCCAAUACGUGGAGGUAAUGACACACCAUUCGUAGUCAGCAACAGAAGGUUGUUGUGGUUGAACUGCCAAGGGGCUAUCAGCAAGCAGCAACACGCCGAAGUAGCUGAUACUUCAGCAGUCGUCAGGAACAAGGAGUGUUUCCUGAUACUUCGCCCGUCAGGGCCAAAUAGGAGCUCCUGACAGUUCAGCUGUAAUCAGGGACAAAAAAAAUAGUUCAUUACACUUCAGCAGUAGUCAGGAACAAGAUACGUUCCUGGCGCAUCAGCAGUAGUCAGGGACAAGCAGUAUCUCCUGACACUUUAGCAGUAGUCAGGAGCAAGAAGUCAGGAACAAGGUGGACAGUUUCUUCGCCAAAGCAUAGAAUGGACAAUUUGGCUGUGCUUGUUCGACUGCUUGAUUAGUGAUGCUCGCAAGAGAAACUCUUUCGUUACAUAGCCCAACGAGGACGCUAAGCUAUGGAAAACAAGUCUAGUGAGAUUACAGUGGAGUCGUGCUGUUGUCACGGUAGCGUUGUGAAUAGACUGCCGGUCCGUUCGCCAAAGGUUGUGCGUCGCAGGCCGAUUUAGUAUUACGCAUGGUGUACAAACGGUGCAGUGAACAAAGGGGGAUCUUCUGCAAUUUGUGUGCGAUCUGCUAUUCGCUCUCACACUCGCCCCGUACCUCUCCAUCACCUCUUUCGACGUUCACAAAAACAACAUAACAUCCACUACCAUUCUAACAUGCUCCAAACUUUAAACGUUAAUACACAAUAUCACUCCCUGCACUAUAUUAUACAGUCCCCUUCUCCACACAGGUAUCAUCAUCGCCAUAGCACAACUUCAACUACGGAUAGCCCCAACUAUUACGGUAUCUCCUUCACAUGACAUUUCCAUUCCCUGCUUCAUGCUCAUCCAAUUCCUAAAUUCUUCUUUCCAAAUAAAGAUCUAAAACCAUACUCUAUGCAUAGCCAUGAACUUACAUUCCCUUUCGCCAUAUCCAAUGGCAUUAACCGUAUUUUUUUCCUAUCAAAAAAGGUUUAUCCGUGAUAUUGGGUGACCCUCACAACGACAUCUAAUCAGACUUAAAAUAAACU